AUGGCCCAGCCGAUGGCCUCCAAGAUCGUGAUCCCUGCCGCCGUGGAGAAGAAGUACAACAUUGAAAGCGAGAUUGCGAGAGGCAAGUAUGGUGUGGUUUUCAAGGCAACGAGCAAGAAGACAAAGGAGGAGGUGGCUGUAAAAGUUAUGCUGAAGAAGGGAAACAAGAAGGACGAUGUGGAGAGAGAGGUGCAAGUCCUCAAGAAACUGACCCACCCCAACAUCCUCGGCUUUCACGACUACGAAGAGUGUGGAGCUGAAUAUGUUCUUGUGAUGGAAUUGCUGCACGGAGGCGAGCUUUUCGACUACCUCACACAGAAGGACUUUCUGAACGAGGGAGAAGCCACCGACUACAUGAAGCAGAUCCUCGAGGGAAUGGCCUACACUCACUCGCAGAAAAUAGUCCACCUUGACCUCAAGCCGGAGAAUAUUGUACUGAAGGACAGAACUGCCAAGCAGCUCAAGGUCAUUGAUUUCGGCACUGCCCAGGAUCUCUCCAUUAACCCCAAGCCCACUGUAAUGGUCGGAACACCAGAGUUUAUCGCACCGGAAGUGUUGAAUCUCGAGCCGUGCGGUGUCGAAGCGGACAUGUGGGCCAUUGGAGUUGUCGCCUACGUUAUGCUCACUGGCAUGUCUCCGUUCCUGGGCGACAAUGAUAUGGAGACCAUUCAGAACAUCUCGGCUGGAGAGUACGAGUUCCCUGACCCGUGCCCCGAGGACGGAUAUGAAGACAUAUCGGACCUGGCCAAACAGUUUAUCGAAAGUCUGCUGCUCUUUCAACCAAAGAAGAGACUAAGUGCCAAUGACUGCCUCUCACAUCAGUGGAUCACCACCAUGACGGAGGAAACCGCUCCCAAGAUUUCCACCGCUCGACUGAGGGCUUUCAGGGCCAGACGCAAAUGGAUGGCUACCCUCCGAGCUGUCAGAGUGUCCAUGAGUCUUCUUCGUGGCCUCCGCUUGUUGAAAGGAGCGGCCAAUGGCCACGGGAGCACCAGCAGCAACGGAAGCUGUGGCGAGGACGAUGCGUCGCCCCAGGAGGUUUUUGAUGACGAAGGAAAGAAGUAACUCACACACACACAAUCAUACUCACAUGGUUGUCUCGUCCCUGUAUUUGUUCCCUCCACAUUGCAUUACUAUGUCGAUAACUAAAUUGCACAAUUGCUGUAUAUAAAAUCAUGAUGCAAAAAGAUUUUUAAUUAACGACUAGUGGAUCGCAUGAGCUGAGCUAGCUACGC